AUGGCUAAUGAGGAAAAAACAAAAGAAUUACUUGAUAGAUUUGAGAAAUAUUGUCAAGAAAUUGAAAGAAGAGAAAAAAAACCAAGAGGACAAAUUAGAAUUGUUGUUGGAAUGAGUGGAGGUGUGGAUAGUAGUUUAACAGCUUGUUUAUUGAAGGAAUUUGGAUUUGAUGUUGUUUCAUUGCAUAUGAGAAAUUGGGAUAGUUCUGAAGAGGAUCCUUCUAGAGAACAUUGUACAUUUACCAAGGAUUGGAAUGAUGUAAAAGUUAUUUGUGAAACAUUUGGUAUUAAGCACGUUGGAUCAUCAUUUCAUCCUGUUGAAUUUAUUGAUCAAUAUUGGAAUGACGUUUUUGAGAAAUUAUUGGAUGGAUAUUCAAUAGGCCAAACACCAAAUCCUGAUUUAUUUUGCAACAAGUUUAUCAAAUUUGAUGCCAUGUUAAACUAUGCAAUUGAGAAAGGAGGAGCAGAUUAUAUUGCAACUGGUCACUACGCUCAAUUGGGAUAUUCUGAUAAUGGAGAAACAUCAAAUACUCAUUUAUUACGUGCUAUUGAUCAUUCUAAGGAUCAAAGCUAUUUUCUUUCUUUUGUUAACAAGAAAGCAUUUGAGAAGAGUCUUUUCCCACUUGGGCAAUUUUUAAAGAAAGAAGAGGUUAGAGUUUUAGCCAGAGACCACUUUAAAUUCCCAAACGAGCUUUGGGGAAGAAAGGAUAGUGUUGGUAUUUGUUUUAUUGGAAAGAGAAAAUUCAAAGAUUUUCUUUCUAAAUAUAUUGACUCUUCUAAGGGAAAUAUAGUUUCUAUUGAGGAUAAAACAACAAUUCUUGGAGAACACGAUGGAGCAUCAUUUUAUACGAUAGGACAAGGAAUGUGUCUUUCAGGAAUGAAAGAAAAAUGGUUUGUUUGUGAAAAAGACUUUAAGAAUAAUAUUUUAUAUGUUUGUCCUGGAAAUAAUCAUCCAAGUCUACUUAAAUCAAGUUUUACAAUUUCAAAUUGUCACUGGUUAGAAAAUAUUGAUAAUUCAAAGGAAUACUUUGUUAAAGUUAGAUAUAAUCAAAGAGAGCCAUUUAGAUGUAAAGUAUCAUAUUCAAAUGAUUCAUCUCUUUGUGAUAUUACUUUAGCAGAUAGUGAGGAACCUGCAAGAGGUAUUGCUUCUGGUCAAAUUGCAGUUUUAUACGAUUCUAAUAGUCAAUUCUCAGAACAGAUUUGUGUUGGUGGAGGAAUUUACAUUUGA